AUGAACGCGAACGCAGACUACUACUCUGGUGGCGACGUGUUGGCGCUUUCUGCGAAAUUCUGUCACGGUGAACACAGAGCCGUGUCUUUACAGUAUUCGGGGGAGGCUCCGGGGAGACUUGCGACAGGUCCUAUGGAUCAUCAUUCCAACUCCCGGUCGAUAACAUCGGGAGCGCAUCAUCAAGGUGUGUUUGAGGUGCCUUUCUACGACAGCAGCACGAAUGGAGCUGAGUCUAGCUAUGUGGGCCAGGGAGUAGAUUAUGACUUAACAUAUGGAUGUUACUACGAAGUGGAAGACAGCGGGGUGCAUGGCCAGUACAUGAACCCCGCAUACACAGGAAAUGGAUCGUUUCCUCCAUACCAGGCAAAGCCUUGCUUCAACGACAUGGGUGAAAUAAACCCACACACGCUCAACAGCAAGGUAUCAAGAGGAUACCUCUCUGUGAGUGAUCAGAGCCUGUCAUCAUGUCAAAAGAGUUGCCCCAAGACUAACCCGGCGCGGGAGGAGACACAAAUAGCAGCUGGUACUUUCGAGUGGAUGAAAAUCAAAAGAAACAAUCCAAAAAUCAGAAAAACGAUGGAGUAUGGAUUAACGAACGCAUCUGCAACAGCUCGAACCAAUUUUACCACUAAACAGCUAACCGAGCUAGAAAAGGAAUUCCACUUCAAUAAAUAUCUUACUAGGUCGAGAAGGGUGGAAAUUGCGCAAAGCCUGCAACUAAAUGAGACACAGGUGAAAAUAUGGUUUCAGAACCGAAGAAUGAAACAGAAGAAAAGAGAGAAAGAAGGCCUCGCUAUCGUCUAUGUGCCUCGCCGUGCGAAUACCUCGGAAUCAUCCUCCCCAGAACUAAAUUCUCCCCUUUCCUCGCCACCUUGUUCUCCCCACACUUGUUAA